AUGAGGGCUGUACCCUCUUACAACCCUACUAAUGAGUUGUUUGAGGGUGGUGCUGGCCUCUGCCGAACCGAAGAGGUUGAAGUGGUCUUGGAGGCGGAUCGUACCAGGCGAACCCAGUUUCCUUAUGGCUUUAGUCUCCAGGCGCUGUCCCCCCAUACACGCAACGAUGAGCCGCUGUCCACUUUCCCCGUCAUUACAAACGUGAUCCCCUCCGGACCCGCCUACCAGUAA